AUGACAAUCACCAACGUCGCCCUCAUCGGUGGCACAGGCACGCUCGGCGCACCCGUCCUCAAUGCGCUUAAAUCCUCCGAGUUCGACAUCUUCGUCCUCAACCGCCAAACAUCCAAAUCCGUUUAUCCAAAGACAAAAGUCAUUACAAUUCCCGAUGAUCUGAACGUUGAUGGGGUCGCGAAAGCGCUGCGAGAGAACAAGAUCGAUGCACUAAUCAUCACCAUCGCGGGAAGCCAUGUCGAAUCACAGAAGAAGCUCAUCGACGCCGCGUUCAAGGGCGGCGUGAAGCGCGUGAUGCCAGCGGAGUUUGGAAGCUGCGACUCUGCAGAUGACAGGACAAAUGAGAUCCUACCGCUAAUGAAGGGCAAAAAGGACGUUCGGGACUAUCUUCUUACGCUUGAAGGCAAGGAGCGAGAAGAAGGCAUGGGAAAGCUUACAUGGACAAGCCUCGUCACAGGCCACUUCUUCGACUGGGGCAUGACCUGCGGUCUUUUGAAGUUCGACGUAAAAGCUCGCAAAGCAUAUGUCCUUGAUGGCGGCAACAUCAAGUUCUCCGCCUCAAACUUGGACUUCAUCGGCAAAGCAGUCAUCAAGAUUCUAGAGAAGUCUGAUGAAACCGCGAACAAGCUACUUUAUGUCCACAGUCACCACGUCACGCAACUCGAGGUCCUUGCUGCGCUGGAGAAGGCUACUGGUGAUAAGUUUGAGAGGAUCAACCAAAACAGCCAGGAAGAGCUGGAUGUUGUCAGACCGAAGAUGCUCAACGGGGAUGGGGAAGCGAGGGAGGAGGUCGUCGCAGUGUGGGGAGUAGUGGCUGCGGACUGGAAAGAGAAGCAAGGUUUUGCGAACGAGAUGCUUGGGCUGCAAGAGGAAAAUCUCGAUAAAGUCGUACGAAGGGUUGUGUCGGAGCUUUGA